GAGUACGGAGUCCUUCCUUCCUACCCGUUAUAGGGGUCUGUUUGAGAGGGGAUGACAGCGGUGGACCCCCCGGGCGGGGAGCCGUUCGGGGCACCGGGAGAGAAGACCGGAUGGUUGUCCAAACGCGCGCAUUUCACCCUCCGGUGGAGACCGACGUGGUUUCAUCUGAAAGGCGGGCGGCUGUUGUACGGUGAGAGCGACCAGAGCCCCGUGAAGACCAUCCCCCUGGUUGGGGCGGAGGUGGGCGGUUCCGACGACCCCCUCGGGUGGACCAUCACCCCCCAGGGCGCGAAGCGUUGCUACCACCUGCGGGCCGCGAGCGAGGCGGAGCAGCAGAGCUGGCUGCGCGGCAUCUUCGACGCUCAGAUCGCUUCUGCGCGUCAUGGAACGCACGCCUGCGUUCUGCAGUAGCCAGAGUUUAGAGUAUCCCUUUAUUUAAUUUGGUGCGUCGUUAUUUUUCUACUUUUUAUGCA